CCUGAAACCUCCUAACCUGGUUGACUCGUUGGAGUGCAUUUCAUGCAUUCUUAGCAGAUAGGCUGAAGGAAACGCCUUGUUCUGUGCUGCUGGAGGCUAGAAAGUGUGGGGAGUUCAUGAACGUGGCUUGUCUUCUGCUGCAGUCGCUGCAGUGCACACAGAGCUGGCUGGGCCCAGGAAGGAUCCCAGCCUGCUAGACACAACAUGAGUGUUCCACAUCUGGAAAAUCUGACUGACAGUGAGUUAAGGUGAAGCAACUAAUUACUCUUAGAAGGCUUUUUGUUUUGGAGAUCUGUGCUGACAGUCAUUAAGGUAUUUGACACUUUACCUUAUCUAAAAUUAUUAUUUUCAGCUCUAAUGUAGUAUAGUGGGAUUUGGGGGUUUUGUUGCUCUUGUUUUGUUUGGUUUUUUUUUCACUCUGUCAUUUUUUUUUGAACACAAAAACCUAAAUUGGACAAAGCAUUUUGAUAACUUCACCCUGAACUUCAUUCAGGGAUAGUGCCACUUCUGAAUUAUUUUUUUAAGUGUCCCAGUUCUUCCAGAGGGCACAUUCGCACAGUAUACAUCCUAAGCCCAGACUUAAAAAGUCAGGGUGAGAAAUGAAAGCUAGUGGGUAGAUAUGCCCAUUCUACCUAAGUAUUUCAUUUUAGAAGUAUCUAACAGGGAAAUCAGUAAAGAAGAGGUGCAUGGAAAAAGCAGAAAAACAGAGAAUCCAUUCCUACCAAGUGUUCUUCUGGCCCCUACCAUUUUUGGGAGGAAGCUGGGCUCGCCACCCUCUAGGCACUUGAAGUUAAAUAUUGUCUCUUUGACCUGUCUGGGUUUUUUGGUUUGUGUUUUUUGGGUUUUCGUUUGGGUUUUUUUUGCAGAGACUCUUGGUCAUUGAAAAUGGAAGAAACAAGGAAGUUUUCCCCAAAACUGAGUAAAAGCAAAGAGCCUGUGAAAACAGAAUGGGGAUCUCAGAGCGUGGUGUUCACCUAUUUCCAAGGGGACAUUAACAGCAUGGUAGAUGAACAUUUUUCUAGAGCUCUCAGCAAUGCCAAGAACCCUCAAGACCUGAGCACAAAGCACAAAGACAGCAUGUCUCCCCAUCAGUGGAAUUUCUCUUCGCAUUGCUACAAACCAUAUCCAUCAUCUUCUUCAACCAGCAUGGCAAAUUCUGCUCUGAAUUUUUCUGCUGCUGGUGUGGUAGGCCAGUGCCAGCCAUCAUCUCUGCGGAGUCGUCCAGCUCAGCCUGCAGAUUUAUGGCCCUUCCCUCCAACUGGGACUCCCAGUGUCACUGGUCCAGUGUAUCCUCACACCCUUCCUGACCUGCAUGCAGCUGAUGAGCUGAUCUCUGACAGGAAAUACAGUUCUCUUCUUGGCCUUCUGCAACAGGAAAGAUGCUUAACAUCUAUGCAAGAAUGCACCAUGAAGCAACACUCAAGUUCUGCUUGUAUGACUGGACCUGCGAGGUUACAAAAUAUGAGUCAAAGUUCAGCUCCUGGGGGAGAGAGGAAAGCAAGUUCUUACCAAGGCUCAGAAAAUCCCAGUGUAAGCCAUGCCACUGCAGGCAUUCAGAUUCAUGACAGAAGACGGGAUGUGUACUUCUAGCAACUGAAUGUUUCUACUUUGUUUUGAAUGAGAAAGUUAUUUCUGUGAACUUUUAUUAUUUGCAACUGUGAAUCAAGAAGAAAUGAACUGCAGCUAUCCUGUGUUUUUCUCUCAGCUGGAAGAAUACUGUUUGGGGAAUGACAAAACAAUCCUUUUCUAUACAGUAAAUAAUUUCUAAUGUUUGUGGUAUUAACCUGGGCAGUAUGCUUGUUGUGGCCGUAGAUUGGCUGUUUAAGGCUUUUCAUGUAACCCUCUUGAAAGGACUCCAGGCCUUUUUAAUCUUUGUGUUCAUUAAUUUACCAUCACCUGAUAAGAAGUACAAUUCUUAUCAAUGCAGCUGAUAACCCAUAAGUGCAGGGAUGCAGUUAGCAUAAAUUCAAUGCUGCAACUUCUUAGCUGGAUUUGAGAUCUCCAUAUUGUUUAAAACAGUCUUAGGCCACUGGCAAGAGACUUCAACCACAGGCCAGCAAAGCACAUUAUUUAUGUUUUGAAAGUGCUGCAAUUUAUGGCCAUACUUGCAGUUUCUAGAAGGUCUGUAAUAUACUUAUGCCUGAAGGUUCUAUUUUGCCCUCUCACUAAUGUAUCAUCAUCUUCUGGAAAGCAAUGAAUUCAUAGUAGCUCUGAGAGGAAAUCUUGAUUCUCAUUGGGUGCGAUUACAAUACCAUUCAGCAAAAACCUGCAGGUAGGAUGUUCUAUUUUC